UUAUACAAUGCCCCAGCCUCACAAAAUCAAAUCGAUAAAAUGGAAGUUAAAUCAAUCAAGCAAGAGAAGGCUGAGGUAGAGAUCUGGCAAUAUGUGUUCGGCUUCACUCCAAUGGCCGUACUCAAGUGCGCAAUCCAGCUCGAAAUCGCCGACGCCGUCGAGAGCCACGGCGGCGCCGUGUCUCAGCCCGACCUCGCUUCCGCCGUCGCCUGCUCGCCCUCCGCCCUCGGCCGCAUCAUGCGCUACUUGACCCACCGCGGCUUCUUCGAGCUCAACCAAUCCACAAAUCAAUACUCCAACACUCCUCUUUCCCGCCAAAUUUUAAAAAACGGAGCGAAAAGCUUCGCUCCGUUUCUGCUGAUGGAGGCCAGCCAGGCAAUGCUGGCCCCGUGGCAUAAGUUGAGCGAGCGGGCCGCUCUAGAGGGAGGCUCGGCCUUCGAGGCCGCGCACGGGGAGGAUAUCUGGGAGUUCGGGUCCCAGAAUCCGGCCCAGAGCAAGAUCUUCAACGAUGGGAUGGCGAGCCACGCUAGGCGGGCCGUCUCCGAGAUCAUGGAGCGCUACGGCGAGGUGUUUGGAGGGAUCGGUUCGUUGGUGGAUGUCGGCGGAGGCGAUGGCACGGCCAUGCGUUGUAUCGUGGAGGCGUGCCCGUGGAUCCGAGGGAUCAACUUUGAUCUGCCACACGUUGUCUCCGCGGCCCCGCGGGGACAAGAUGUGGAGCAUGUCGCUGGGGACAUGUUCAAACAUGUCCCUAGGGCUGAUGCUGCUUUUAUCAUGUGGGUGUUGCAUGAUUGGAGCGACGAGGAGUGCGUGAAGAUACUGGAGAAAUGCCGUGAAGCAGUUCCGAAGGAGACGGGGAAGGUGAUAAUCGCGGAGUUGGUGAUCGUGGAAGGAGAAGAAGACAAGUAUACCGACGCAAGGCUGGCACUGGACAUGGCGAUAAUGGUUCAUACACACAAAGGGAAGGAGAGGACUAAUGAAGAAUGGGAUUUAGUGAUCAAAGGGGCUGGUUUCAGUAGCUACACUGUCAAAGAUAUUGGCUCCAUUUUUUCUAUCAUUGAGGCCUAUCCCUGAAAUUUACAUAGUAUGUUUGAGUUUUCCUAAUAAUAAUGCAUUUUGAAAUUAUAUGCUUGGUUGUAUUGGUGUGUAUCCCAUUUCCCAUAUGUUGUUUUUGCUCGUGAAGAUACUGUUAGUAAUUCAUGAAUAAAUAUAAUUACAGCCCAAUUAUAAUUA